GCCAGAUUCGUCCCUGGUGCAAAGUCUGGACAAAGCCGCCGCAGAAAGCGCCAUGCCAUUUGCGCUCUUCCAAUGCGCAAAGUCCCUGGUGCAGAACUUCACAGGAAUCGCCUCCGAGGACUUCAAUGAGUUCAUCUCCGCACACUUGGAGGGCGUCGACUCGGGUGCGACUUCGGGUGCCACCGUGAGCUUCUUUGAGGGCAGCUUUGUGGAGGCUUUACAAGUGGCAGCUGAUGUGGAGGGUCGUACCGAGGGACGGAAACUGUUGUUGCUGUGGCUGCACCAGAAGGACGAUGAAGAUGCGCAGUAUCUGUGCCGCCAACUCUGGACGCAUCCCUCCAUCGCCGCCGAGCUCGCCGGCCGCGUGCUGCCCUGGGCCGGCGACGUGUGCCGCGCCGACGCGGGCGCCGUGGCGCGCUGCGUGGCCGGGAGCGCUACAACUCCCCAGCUGGUUCUCAUCAGGCUUUGCGAGGAGGGAUCUCCAGGCGCCCUUGAGUGGCCCAGUGGCUCCUACUUCCAGGUGCUGUCGGCCAUGUCAGCCCGGGUGGCUCCGCUGGAAUUGGUGAACCUGCUCAAGUCGGCGGCGGAUCGCCAGGAUGUGGAGCUACAGCUCAGGAGGCAAUGGCAGGAGCAGAUGCACCACUUGCAACACUUGGGUCAGAGCAUGGCCCGGGCCUGGGACGAGGCGCAGCAGGCGGCCCAGCGGGCGGAGGCCUUGCGGCACUGUGAGGCGGAGGAACGGCCCUGUUGGAGCGCCCUCUACGAGUCUCGCUACCAGACACCGUGCGCGCCCGGCUUGGUGUUCGAGGGAUCCUUCGCGGAAGCGCACGCGCAGGCGCGGGAGAAGAAGCAACUUUUGCUGUUAUGGCUCGAGAGCAGCGAGGUCCAACAGUGCGGUAACACGACCAGCUUGGAUCGAGAAGCGUUGGCAGGGGAGGUCUUCAAUGCAUUGGUCAAGGAGUACUUCGUACUGUGGCCUGGCGAUGCAGACCGCUGGCUGCUGCCAGUGCAGCUGAAGGAGAUGUUGCGCCUACGGACACCCUGCUUUGCUGUCCUGGAGCCACUCAGUGUGUUUGAAGUUGAGGUGUUUCCAUGGUCUGAUGCACGUGAGUCGGCCAAUGAGUUCCCCAUCAACUGCGCUUGGUCUUUCUUGGGCGCGCUCGAAGGAGCUGAGUUGACAGAGGGCGCUCUCAUGAGCUUCUUGGCCCAGCACGGCGACGCCGCGACCGCGCGGCGCGCGCGGCGCGAGGCGGCGCGGGAGGAGCAGCGGAGACGGUCGGCAGAGGCGAGGCGGUUGCGAGAGGAGCAGGACAGAGACUACGAGGAAUCUUUGCGGCGAGAUCAGGAACGUGGCGAACGAAAUCAGGCGAAGCUUGAUCCUGCCUUGGCGCGGCUUCGCGCCACGCGGCAAGAGCAUGCACAGCAGCUGAUGCGCCUGCCACGCACCGUGCAGAAGGAUGCCUGUCAUUUGGUGCUGCGCUUUCCGUGCGGACGCCGAGCAGAACGGAGCUUCGCUGCCACGCAGACCCUCUCAGAGCUCUACCGCUGGGCCGACUGCGCGGGGGAACUCGCCGCGCUGGAGAAGACGGGCGACCGCUUCGACGUGCCGGAGAAGUUUACGUUGGCGACCAGCUACCCCAAGGCCGUGCUCAAAGACCGCUCUAAGACCCUGAGACAACUCCACCUCACACCUUCGGCAGUGCUCACGCUUUGCCCGGAGUCCUGAGUCGUCCUUGGACACCCCCCAUGUCGUGCCAGCUACGAAAUCCCAUGUCGUG